AUAGAAACCCCUUUCCUCCCGCGCUUAACGUCAGGCGUGUGAAAGGAAUACUUGCCCGGGUGCAAACCGAGGCUCGUGGAGUGGGCCGUUCCGCUUCCUAAUAGGGUCAACCUUCUGAAUAUGCACAGCAAGUUUCCCUUCUGCCCGGCGUGGCACCUUCCUCGGGGACUGGCCCUGGGACCGUCGCUGUCCUCGGAGAAGGGUCUGGGAGUAUGGUGUGUGGGGCACGCUCUGGAGCCGGGAAUGUCGCUACUUCUUGGGCCGCAGGUCGAAGAACAAAAGGCGGCCGCUUCCUUGUCGGCAUGUCCAUUAGCCAGCUGGAAAGAGGCAUCUGCUUGCAAUGGAAUAUCCAGCUGGAGGAGCCUGGUGAAGCAAAGCCGUGUUGAAGAUGAAGCCAAUGUAAUAUUAGAAUGGAUCAACGGGGAACUGCACAUCAAAGUCUGCUGUCCUGUUGAUGUGGGCAGUGAACUGCUAUGCUGGUUAACUGAAUCACAGGACAGUCCUACUUGUCUGAAAAAUAAUAUCCUAGCUCAUACCUCAGAUGGGGAACUUGAUACAGAAAAGAAAACACUGCAAAAAAUGCCAGCAAUAACCACAACCAAGACCAGAGAUUUAGAAGAUGAAACUUUGCUGCAAAAAGAUGAUAUUGUCCAGGAUUCCUCUGCAGGUAUUGCUGGUAUGUCCAAGUUUGCAGAGUUGAAGGACAGAGCCUGUUGCGUUUCUAUGUUGAAUAAGAAGCUACAGAUGGAACAGAUUCUUGGAUUAGAUGUCAAUCUCAAGAAAAACAGUAGAACUUCUUCCUUGCAAAUUGAACAAUUGAAUACCAAAAUAAAGAGUAGAAAUAAUAAACUUUUAAAUAAACAUCCUGUUUCCAAGGAUGAUGAAGGCAAAGAACAUUCUCAGGAACAGCAGAUGGCUGAGAAAAAGUUGGCUACAACAUUGACUGAAAUCUGUUCAAACCCAACACCACGCAGUGUAGUUUGCAUCAGUGCCAUUUUGACUGAUAAUGUAGAGCCAUUAAGGAAAGAAUCCUGUGCUGAAAGAAUUCCGAAUGGAUAUCUUCCAAGUAGACCCAAAGACAGGGCAGAAAAUCCUAGACAAGAGGAACAGUCAAAUAGAUACAAGCCUGAUGAUUCCGCUCACACGGAAUCAAGCACUAAAAGACAACACAGGUGUAAAGAGUGUGGGAAAGCCUUCCUUCAGCUCUGCCACCUGAAAAAACAUCAUUUUGUGCACACUGGUCACAAACCAUUCUUGUGCACAGAAUGUGGCAAGAACUAUAGUUCAGAAGAGAGUUUCAGAGCGCAUGUGCUGGGACACAGCGGGGUACGACCUUUUCCCUGCCCACAGUGCCACAAAACAUAUGGCACCAAGCGUGAUCUUCAAGAACAUCAGGUGUUGCAUACAGGCCAGCGUCCCUAUGUCUGUCCAGAUUGUGGAAAAUCAUUUGCCCGUCGACCUUCCCUUCGUAUCCAUCGCAAGACACAUCAAGUUAAACAGCCAAGCUCUACCACAUCUUCUACCUACCAAUGUGUGAUAUGUGGACGGCACCUGGCCAAUCCAGGAUCACUGCGGAACCACAUGCGGCUGCACACAGGGGAACGUCCUUAUACUUGUCCAUUCUGUCCCAAAUCAUUCCGUCAGCAAGGCAAUCUACGUGGGCAUCUUAGGUUACAUACAGGGGAGCGUCCUUUCCAUUGCCAUUUCUGUGGAGAUGCCUUCCCACAGCGUCCUGAGCUGCUCCGUCAUCUGAUUUCCCACACAGACCCACCCAAUGAUUUUGCCUUGGCCACAAGAAUCCAGGAUUUCUUGCACCUGGUAGUACCUGGCUGAAUUUAUCUAAGCUUUGAAAGGUAAGCACGGUCUGGAUCAGAAAUCACCAGGAAAUAUGAGGCACUGCAGACUACACUGGAAAGUAGCAAGCAUCAAAGAAAUAAACCAUUAUGUCAAAUUUGUAACAGAGUAAAUGUUUAUCUCAACUUGCAAGCAAAAAGACACUCUUUUUCUCUUUCUAGAUAUGCCUUCUAAGAUUUUUGUAUAUUCAACAUUCAGCCAAACUUCAAACAUGCCUUCGUUAAAAUGUUCAUCUUAUCAAUAUAUGAACCAAUUUCUACCUGCUGUCAGUCCUUGAAAUUGAUAAACAAGGUCCCACAUUCUUGAAAGCCAGAUUAUUCAACAUAUACAACAAUUAAUAAAAAAGCUACUCAUGGAACUGGUUUCAUUUUAAUACUAAAAUGUCUAUGCUUUGGAAAUAAUGGAAAUGUCUAUGAGUAAAUUCCAUAGUCUUCUCAGAACUAUAUUCAAUUCAUAUUCAGUAAACAGAGAGCAUUACUAUAUACAUAAAAAAUACAUGUUACUAUAUACGAUUAAAAAUACAUGUUCCAACAACAAGGAAAAUAAAAAUCUUAUAUCUAAAAGAACCAAACUUUCUUAUCCAAUUACUGUGGAAACCCAUCCUUUACCUUCUACCAAAUCUAUGAAGUUUUGGAGUUGUUUGCCACAUCCUCAGGUAUCUGACUAACUGUUCCUUUACAGCAACAGCUUCUCUACACAAUGGGAAAUAAAAUGGCAAUCUUUGAGUUUGAUAAUUGUUCUCCUAAAAUGGUAUGGCAACAGGGCGCAAUGCUUCAGUGCUGUAACAAAUGGUAGAUAAUAAGGCAUCUGUGUAACAUUAUCCAGACCAAACCAACAGGCACAUAGAGAUAAACAUGUACAUACCAUUCAAAGGAGACAAUCAAGCCCAAAAGGAAACAAAAGGACUAAAACACCUCCCCACCAGCAAUCAACAGCCCUGUGAGUAGAGGUUAACAGCAAAAUUAAUAUUAGACCAUCAAGGAACAAACAAUAUCCCAAUCUAGAAACUACCAACUCAGACAAACAAGCUAACAAACAAUAACCCAAUCAAGGAAUUACCAAGAACAUUCCCACCAACACUGACAAGGCAAGCCACUAGUAUAUAAAAUGAGAGAAAAUCCAACUCCAUACUGGCACUCAUUAUGUUAUCCAGUUUGAUAAUGAAAUGUCUGCAAGAAAACAACAAAGCUCAGAGAGCACCAAGGAUCCUGAAGUGGUAUUGCAGUUAUUGCAAAUAUGAUAGUUGAAGAGAACUAAGUCCAGGAGGCAGAGUUAAUUAACUUAGAAGAAUGACUAAAUUAAUUGUGGUAAAAUAUAAAAAAAUUGAAUGUAUUAAAUUUGAUCAUGGAAGUUGGGAUAUUAGAGGAGUUGUUGGAAAUGUUAAAAAGUGUACAAGCAACAUUAAAAAAUAACAAAGAGGUAGAAAAAGAACCAGAAAAAACAUUGGCAGUGGAGACAGGAGGGACAAGACAAGCAAUGUAAAUGAACAAGGAAUUAACAAGAUAGAAAUGGAAAAUAAAACUCAAUGGAGUAAAGGCACAAAGAGAGAGGAGAGGAAAAAAGGGAAAUGACGUUUGAAAAAGAAAUUAGCCAAAAAUAAAGAGAGAAAUAAAGGGAGAUGGGAAAGAGAAACUUGGGGGAGAGCUACUCAAAAAAUCUAUUGAAAAGUGAGAAGAAAGAUACAGAAGAAAAGAUACAUGACACAUAAAAAAGAAAA